GAAUUACUUAACCUAAUAAAUUCACUUAUGAAUAGGCGGCUAGUAAAAUAUUGUCAUUCAUUUCAAUUUUAAUGUAAAAAUAAAAAAAAAUAUCAAAAAUGUCAAACGAAAAUUUGUUAAAAUUUCGCAAUGGUGAGAAUAAAAAAACAAGAACCGGACGAUGGUUUGACUACUUUGCAACGGUUGGUGGACGCAAAAUGUCGAGGACACUUAUGGGCGCUGUAUCUCUUGGAAUUCCUUUUAUGCUCAACUCUUAUCAAACACUUUUUAUCGACUAUUAUCUGGAUUUUAUUCGACUCUAUCGACAUGGGUUGAAAGUCGAAGUGCCAGAAGAGAUAGAACUGUUAAUUGAUCAAGCAGCCGAUCGGGUGAAAUUAACAACAGUUCAUGCCACUCAUUUAAAAUCAUUUAUGGUUUCUGGAUUGGACAUUAAAACAUGCGGCUCAUUGAACUCAAUACACCACGGUUUUAUUGGAAUACCGGUAAAUUAUUUGUACGAUUCGGAACUUGACAUCGAUAAAAUGAAUUUGAAAUUGAGAACGGAAUCAAUUGAUUGGGAUAGCAAAUGUGGUGAAUUAUUAGAAAAAUCGCUGAUUUUAACGGAAAAGGAAAAAAUGUUUGGAAUCAUUCGAUCAAUACUUGAAUUACGCAAUUAUAAUCAUGUACAUAAUGCGUUCAUACCGUUUUUCUUGUGCUUCGGACUGUAUACAACAGCUCAAGCCAUCAACCAAAAAUAUAAACUAUUCCUAAUCCCAAGAGCUGGGCGGGGACUUAUUUAUGGUGCUCUCGCCGUUUUUACAUACGGUCUUUAUUCGGUCAUUACAGACACAAUUCGAAUGUCACAAAUGUUGCGGGUCGACGAUAAACUUACAUCAAUGGGAUCAGAUGUUAUCGAAGGCGGAAUUGGAUUCUAUGAAAAAAUGUUGAACCGUAACAUUGCAAUGCGUGAAUUGAGCGGAAAGGACUUGUUCUCGGUGAAAGGAAACGAAUAUCCUGGCCUUCUUCGAUAUAAUGCUCUUCCGUUGACAAAACGAAAGAAGAAUCUUGAAAUUGCACUGGAAGAAGCUCGCAAGAAGGAAAAAGAAGCAGAGAAUAGCAAAGGCACUGAUAGUACACCAACUGAAUGACACCCAAAGAAAGACGUCAUUUUUUUCGUUAAAUAAAAUGCAUUCAAAUUUGUAUUGUUUAUUUAGUCAAAAUAAAUUAUAGACAAAAAUUUA